GCGGUCAGUUAUCGUUCAACCGUUGGUGGUGCUAAAAGCAGACGUGUCCGGAGCGCAGAGCCUACAGCGUUGGAAGGUCCUCCAGUAGAGAUAACGAGAGAGUUGUUGGACCCCGCAGCGCCAUCCGCAAACGGUCGUUCAACGAAAAACACGGCGGGUACCGCACCUAACGCGCCGCACACCUUUGCUGAGGCUCGAUAACAGCAGCAGAGGCACCGGCCAUCCGUUCGCGCAUCGGAUCUCGUGUGUUGCUGAUUGUGUGAAUUGCGCGCCAGAAAACUCUCAUCGUCACACUCCGACCGACGGGGGGAUUUUUCUCGAUUCCCGAUCACCGGGAAGACCUUGUGUGUGGAUAUUGUAUGUAAAUUCGGCCACGGUCCGAGGGAGAGCCGGCGGCGAACUAACGGUGAUCGCAACCGAAACAUUCGCGGACCUAUUAUUAGUUCCCCGCGUCGAAGCUCGUAGCCCACAUUUCGAAGGCGCUCCCGCUCGGUAUCGGUAGUGUUCGCGAUCGGUGAGACUCUCGGGCAGUGCUCCGCAGAGUGUAGUGAGUGUGGGGAAACGCAACAAGUGUUCGAAUUUUCACUGAUUAAACGGAGUAAAAAAGGAAAACGUGUUACGGGCCAACACAACACCACAAACAGAGGAGCAUAAUGUUCAGCGUCGAAAGCGAGCGUCCACGGCGCUUUGUGCCUUCGCCUAAAAAUAAGCAACUGUGGGCCGCGUGUUUCUGUGUGCUUCUCUGUCUGCCGAAUGUGGCCGACGGCCGAAAGGUGACACUGUCACGUGUCACGAAACCCACCGCCCACAGGGGCUACGCAAAUGCGGACAUCGCGAAACUAAGUUACUCGCCGAGUAACGCCGCUCCGCCGAUGGUCGCGAAACCGGCAGCACCCGUGUACUCGGCGCCUCCUGCUGCACCCCACCAACCGUCGUACGGUUGGAAUGUCCCCGGAGCACAUCCGGGCGCUCCUCCGGCUGGUGCUGGUGGUGGUGUCUAUCCGGGUGCGGCUGUAGCGGGCGCUGCCGGCACGGGUAUCGUCGCUGGCAAUGUGUACCGUUCGCAUGGUCACAAUUCCACCGGAGGAUUCGGUUCGUUGGCCCACUCACCACCGGUGGCUUCGGCGUCGUAUCCGGGGCAACCACCGGUUCAAGGCUUCCCUGGAGCACCCGUGCAGCAUCCGGGCGGUGGAUUCCCAGCGCCGGGCUAUCAGCCACAACCCGCCGGAGGCUACUACCCUCAGGCGCAGCCAGGAUUCCCUCAUCAGCCCAGCUACGUGCCCGCAGGACACUACGAUCAGGGCCACUACCAGGGACACCCGGGACAAACCGUACAUCACUACGAGCAGCCCGCCAGCGGUGGAAGUGGCAUCGGCACAAUUCUUGGUGCUGGCGCAGCCGGAUUGGCUGCUGGUGUUGGUGGUGCAGCCCUGUUCGAUGCGCUGAAACCGAAAGAAUCGAAAGAUGAGGGCACCACAACGACUGCCACAACGGCUGCCACAACCGUUGCAGGGGCAAGUACGCUGGCUGCCGCAAGUGAAACACCAGCACCCGUUUCGCCUGCCAAUCCUAACGGAGAGGCCCCAUUAGCUCCUCUCCCGGUCAAUCCGAAUGGAGAUGCUCCACUGGCCCCUAUGCCGACGAGUCCCAACGGCGCUGAGGUACCACUGGCUUCGUUGCCGACCGAAAUUACGCCACUGGCGGCAGACUCUACGAGCGCCGGAACCGACCGCACACCGGAGAAUCCUAUCGGAAUGGCACCUCUGGCUCCGCUGCCAGAUUCUACCAAUGGCACUUCGUCCUCGGCAGCAGCAACGGACAGCACUACUACGGCCACCACGGGUUCGGAUGUGGAAGCACGCAGCUCGGCUCUCAAUGUGCAGCCCGAUCUGUCCGCCUCGAUGGCGGAACCAGCCAAGGGUGGUGCCGCCCAUCUAACAUCCGCUUUCUCUCUGGUCGCCACGCUGCUACCGCUGAUUGUGAAGUAUCUGCGGUGUUAACACUCAACCGCCCCUUGCGGCGGAACAGGUGUGUAAAUAGCGUGCCGUUUUGCUCGAAACGAUCUUGAUCUUAAUUCUCGAAUGCGUGCGAUCGUUCAUCGAAUUCCCAUCAAAUUGUUUGCCUUCAAGGUUUAAUGUCAGAGAUCAGUAGACAAAGAGGGGAUCGUUGUUGAGUAUCUUUCGAUGUUGAAAUACCUUUAAUUAUCAGUCCGUUUCGUUGGCGAGAGCAAUCGUGUGCCACUGCGUGUGUGUGAGGUGAGGACGGUGUCUAUCACCGGAAAAGUAUUGUUGUAUUGUAAUUUGAAAUGAUUUUCUGAAAACGCACAAACACGUAUUAAACUAAAACAACUGAAACGUUCAAACGAUAUUGCAGAAGAGACAAAGAUGUGCUAGAGACAGAAAUGUUUGAGUCCAUCAACAAUGCGGUUGGUACUGGUUGUAUCUAUUGUUUCAGUCUAGGCCGACGCAGGAAGCAAACUAACACGAAACAACGAUUAUGUGAAUAAAUAUU